CAUGGCCCUCCCCGUCCCGCCCAAAACGGCAGCGGAACCCCCCCGCGCUUUGUCAGCCGCCGACGCCCUCACACCUCUCAUCGCCUCGACCUACACCUCCCCCGACAUCACCUGCUUCAUCAACGGCCGUCGGACUAUCAUUAAUAAUCCGAAUCCCCACUGGACUCUGCUCGACUAUAUUCGCGCGCAGCCCAGUCUCAAAGGCACCAAGCUGGGAUGUGGUGAGGGCGGUUGCGGUGCGUGCACCGUUGUGCUUCAGGCCCCUGACACGCGUUGUGAGAGAAGAAGGAUCCAGCAUCUGGCCGUGAAUGCCUGCUUGUUCCCUCUUGUGGGCAUCGAUGGCAAGCAUGUCAUCACCGUCGAGGGCAUUGGCAACGUCCACAAGCCUCAUGCCUUGCAAGAGAGGAUUGCUAAGCUGCAUGGCAGCCAAUGCGGCUUCUGCACCCCCGGCAUCGUCAUGAGCCUGUACGCCAUGAUUAGAAAUGCAUACGAUCCAGACUCGAGAAAGUUCUCCCUAAGCGAGCGCGACAUCGAAAUGGAAGGUCACCUUGAUGGUAACCUGUGUCGAUGCACGGGUUACAAGCCCAUUCUCCAAGCAGCCAAAACUUUCAUCCUUGAGGAUUUGAAAGGCCAGUUGACGGAAGAAUCUGCUCCCAGCUCGCAGGUUUCCGAGGAUGCCAGACUGGAGAAAGAGGUAGUAGAUCUGGUGCGCAGCGGCUGUGCUGGGCCUUCCAAGGUCUCGUGUGGACGUCCAGGCGGCUGCUGUCGCGAUACCCCGUCAGAUAGCGAUUCUACAAAAACAAGAUCCGUGAAUUCUACACCGCCAACAGAAGCCGCCGUAACCUCAGACGAGGAAUCUGUCCCGGUCAUCUCAGUGGGGGCCAAUGGUCUCUCCGGCCAGGACCCUACUGUCAGCGGGACAUCUUACGCGAAACCCCUCAAGAGUAAAGAGUCGGUAGAAGCGGCUCACGAAAACAAGACUGCUACCUCAUUAGAUGCCCCAUUAGCGGACUCCAAGAAAGGUGUUCCCGUGAUUCACUUCCAAGAAUAUAUUCCUGAUACUGAACUGAUCUUCCCACCCGCACUCUGGAAAUAUAACCCACAACCACUCUGUUAUGGCAAUGAAAGGAAAAUAUGGUUCCGCCCUACGACACUUGAGCAGCUUUCAGAUCUUAAAGAUGUGUACCCUUCGGCAAAACUUGUUGGCGGUGCUAGCGAGGUGCAAGUCGAAGUGCGUUUCAAGAACUCAGAUUUCGCCGUAUCAGUUUACGUGUCCGACAUAGCAGAGCUGAAGCACACCACCCUGCCAUCAGAUGCUGAGCUGGAGAAGGCCAACGAGUUGGUGGUUUCAGCAAACACCCCUCUCACUGAAUUAGAAUACAUUUGCAAGAAAGUUUACGCCAAGCUGGGGAAAAGGGCCAUGGCCUUGGAAGCUCUGCGAAAGCAAUUACGGUACUUUGCUGGCCGCCAGAUUCGCAACGUUGCUUCACUCGCCGGCAAUAUCGCAACUGCCUCGCCCAUUUCCGACGCCAAUCCCGUCUUGCUGGCCGCUGGUGCAACUUUAGAAGCUGUCAACAAGUCUCAAGGCUCCAUUGACUUGCCCAUGUCACAAUUUUUCGUCGCCUACAGAACCACCACUCUUCCCCCGGAUUCAGUUUUGAGUCGCAUCAGGAUACCACUUCCGGCACCCGAAGUUCAAGAAGUCAUCAAAGCCUACAAACAGGCGAAGAGGAAGGAUGAUGACAUCGCUAUUGUCACUGCCGCUUUCAGAGUCAGGCUGGAUCCCGAAGGAUGUGUAGAGGAUGUAUGUCUGGUCUACGGCGGAAUGGCCCCCACAACGAAGGCGUCACCAAAGACAGAGAACGCCUUAAUGGGGAAGCGAUGGUUCCACUCGGAAACUUUGGACACCGCAUUAGCUGCCCUGCUCGAAGACUACGACCUACCAUAUGGCGUCCCUGGUGGUAUGGCCGAAUAUCGCAAGACUCUGACACUGUCUCUUUUCUUCCGGUUCUGGCACGAAUCCGCGGCGGAGCUGGGCCUAGGCAACGUUGACGAGCAAGUCAUUGAUGAAAUCCAUCGUUCCAUCUCCACUGGCACACGUGAUGACUACAACCCUUUUGAGCAACGUAUAGUUGGCAAGCAGAUUGCGCACCUUUCCGCGCUGAAGCAAUGUACCGGUGAGGCAGAGUACAUUGAUGAUAUGCCUCAUUUCGGUCAGGAACUCUAUGGUGGUCUAGUGCUGUCCUCGAAAGCUCAUGCAAAGAUCCUCAGCAUCGACUAUGAGCCUGCUUUGGCCAUGCCCGGUGUUGUUGGCUACAUUGAUAAGAAUGACCUCCCGGAAGGACAGAACAUAUGGGGAUCAAUCAGGAAAGACGAGCCUUUCUUUGCAGAUGGGGAAGUCCGACAUCAUGGCCAAGUGAUUGCAAUGAUCUACGCGGAAACUGCUCUCCAGGCCCAGGCUGCUGCGAGAGCGGUCGCAAUUCAGUAUGAGCCUCUGCCUGCAAUCCUGACCAUAGAUGAGGCGAUCGAGGCAGACAGCUACUUUCCGCACGGAAAAAUGCUCAAAAAAGGACUUGCUCUUGAAGGCAGAAUGGAGGAGGCGUGGGCAAAGUGCGAUCGCAUCUUCGAGGGCCAGACACGGAUGGGCGGCCAAGAGCACUUCUAUCUCGAAACUAAUGCCGCGCUCGUGAUACCAUCAGGCGAGGAUGGCUGCAUGGAGGUAUGGUCAUCGACACAAAACACAAUGGAAACUCAGGAAUUCGUCUCCGCUGUAACAGGGGUACCAAGCAACCGCAUCAAUGCUCGAGUCAAACGCAUGGGUGGCGGGUUCGGCGGGAAAGAGUCCAGGAGUGUCCCAUUCGCCUGCUACCUCGCGGUUGCAGCCAAGAAAGAGAAGCGACCGAUGCGACUAAUGUUGAAUCGUGAUGAAGAUAUGCUUCUCAGUGGCCAACGACAUCCGGUACAGGCAAGGUGGAAGGUUGGUGUAUCGAGUGACGGGAAAUUGAUCGCCAUGGAUGCGGAUGUCUACGACAACGCUGGAUUCUCCCAAGACAUGAGCGGAGCCGUCAUGGAUCGAUGCUUGACCCACUUUGACAAUUCGUACGAAUGUCCGAACGUGCUACUUCGGGGUCAUGUCUGCAAGACCAAUAUUCACAGCAACACCGCCUAUCGUGGCUUCGGUGCGCCACAGGGAAUGUACUUUGCUGAGACACUCAUGUACAACAUUGCGGAAGGUCUCGGGAUGGAUGUUGAUGAAGUGCGAACCAAGAAUCUGUACAAAAUUGGGGAGCAUACCCCAUUUCUUCAGUUCAUCGAUGAGGAUUGGCACGUGCCUUUGCUACUGGAUCAACUGCGCAAAUCAGCCGAAUAUGAGAAGCGUAAAUCCGCUGUCGCAGACUUUAAUUCCAAGAAUCGAUGGAAGAAGCGCGGUAUCUGUCUUGUCCCCACCAAAUUCGGCCUAAGUUUUGCCACUGCGCUGCACCUCAACCAAGCAGGUGCAUACAUACAAAUUUUUGCCGAUGGCAGUGUGUUACUGCAUCAUGGUGGAACAGAAAUGGGACAAGGAUUGUAUACCAAAAUGUGUCAGAUUGCGGCCCAAGAGCUCGGCACGCCGUUGGAUGCCAUAUUCACCCAAGAUACGUCCACCUACUCCAUCACAAACGCAUCGCCCACUGCAGCCUCUUCGGGAUCUGACCUCAACGGUAUGGCAGUCAAGAAUGCCUGCGAUCAACUCAAUGAACGUCUGCAGCCUUAUCGCGAGAAGUUGGGGAAGGACGCGCCGCUCAAGGAGAUUGCGCACGCAGCAUAUCUAGACCGCGUUAAUCUAGCGGCAAAUGGGUUCUGGAAGAUGCCUCGGAUUGGAUACAAAUGGGGCGAUUACGAUAUCAAGACAGUCAAGCCCAUGUACUACUACUUCACACAGGGGGCGGGAUGCACGGAAGUAGAGCUUGAUCUGCUAACUGGCGACCACACGGUCCUCCGCACCGAUCUGAUGAUGGACGUCGGUAAUUCGAUCAACCCCGCCAUAGACUACGGCCAAAUCGAAGGCGCUUUCACCCAAGGCCUAGGCCUCUUCACCAUGGAAGAAACCCUCUGGACGCGCACCGGCGAGCUCUUCACAAAAGGCCCGGGCACCUACAAGAUCCCAGGGUUCAGCGACAUCCCGCAAGUCUUCAACGUCUCGCUCCUUCGCAACGACAAUGACGGAAACCCGCUUUCCUGGAACCACCUGCGUUCUGUGCAGAGCUCCAAGGGCAUCGGCGAGCCGCCGCUGUUCCUGGGGUGCACAGUCUUCUUCGCGCUUCGAGAGGCAGUCAAAGCGGCGAGAGUCAUGAAUGGAGCGACGAUUGAGGGCGGGGUUGGGGAGGGGAAGUGGUGCUUGGAUAGUCCUGCUACGGCGGAGAAGCUGAGGUUGGCUGUCGGCGAUGACUUGGUGAAGAGGGCUGAAGUUAAGAGGAAGGAAGGGGAGACAAAUUUCUUUGUGGCCGUUGCAUGAUUGUGUGGAUCUGUACAUCAUUUUGGAUCCGAAUCACUUUUUUCUCUCCUCUUGUUGUUUGUUUUGGAGUACAAUUGUUUAUUUGAUGCAUGUAUGUAUGAGGGGAACGAAUUCACGUAACCGCGUCACAUACGCGUACUUGAACACAACAAACGAUAAAUUCAACCAAGAUAGAAUGCCCUUUCAGCAGGAACCGACACGA